UCAAAUUCAGAGCUCUGCAAGGGACAAAAUGUGGAACUGGUCCUUUUCACUCAGUGGAUGAAGCAGCAUAAGCUUUCCUGGAGCUUCUCUGCUGCUUCAGGGGAGCUGCUUGUGGCAGCGUCACGUUGUGCUUCUCCUCCUGCAACUCGUUAAAAAAUGAAGAAGAGGGGAAACGAACUAGCGCGCGAGUCCCACCCCCUCCAGGUUGCUCGGCUUUCUCAAAGCCAUAUUCCUUUAAGAUGAUGUAAUAGUCAUUUCCCUGGAUGGUUUCUUCCCUGCACUGCUGAAACAACAGCAUCCGAACUGCACUGGGAACUGUGGAACCACCCAGCCCAGCAACCAGAGGCAGCAGCUUGGGUAGUGAAAGCAGAGAGCAAGCAGCUUCCCUGGGCAUCCUUUCCCUCGCACCCACCCCCGCUCCACUCCACUUCAAACUGCUGCAGGCUUGUGCUCUCUCAACCUGGCUGGGAACAUGGGAGGAUCUCUGCCCUUCCUGAUGGAGAGGGUACCACUGUGGGAUGCCACUGAAACUGCCUUUCACUGCUCUUCACAUUAUCUGGGCUUUCUGCAAGUCAUCUGAAGCAAGGUCCUCCUCCUGAAAUUCUCUCCUGUCCUAAAGAGUCCUGACCUGGGAUUUAUGCUGCUUUUGCCUCUCUCUCUCUUGGUCUCAGCUAUUGUUGCACAGCUUCGUUUCUCUCCGAUGCCCAGCCUGGUUAACUUUCCUGUGCAAGGGUUUUAACAGUUAAGUUCUGCCUGGAUAUUGCCAACUGAGCUGCUCUCUUCCCCGCAAACCCCAGUCCCUUCCCUGCUUUUGGAUUUGCUUCUAUACCAGAUUCAACCCUCAGUGCUGAUUUUUUUUGGGGGGUUGCUUAGGAAAUGUUGCUUCCCUUCGCAGGAACUGUGCAUUUGUGUAACCAAGGCUUGUGAAUGAUAAGGAAACGUGGCUUGAUCCUACUGUUUGGGGCUUUGAUGGAAGAUCUGGUUAUGUGAUUGUCUUGUGUGAAGGGAACCCUCUUCAAUUCUCGUAUUUCUUUGUUUUUGUAAGGUUCAAGUCACCUUGCCAGUUUUUGUGAUCAUCCAUUUCUGGACAAUUGGGAAAUAAAUCCUGUAACCUCACUUCUGUUUCCUGUUCCCCACCCACCCACCCACCCACCCAUCCCAGUCUCCUUAAAUGCUAGGAGACCCCACUGGGGGAGUGGGCAUAAGGAGCCUUCUUGAAACCUUGGAUGUGAGUGCGAGUUCCCCCACAGCUUGUGGUUGGCUUGUUUAACAAUAUCAUGGCCUUGAGUGGAAACUGCAGGACUUACCUCCCUCCCAGAGAGCAAGCAACAGCUGCACAAUCCUACCCAGAGGUGAUAGAGCUGAAUGUGGGCGGCCAGGUUUAUUUCACUCGCCUCUCAACUUUAACAGGCAUUCCCCACACCCUGCUUUGGAAAAUGUUCACCUCCAAGAGAGAGUCGGCCAACGAUCUUGCAAAAGAUUCCAAGGGAAGGAUAUUCAUCGACAGAGAUGGCUUCCUGUUCCGCUACAUUUUGGACUAUCUCAGGGACAAGCAAGUGGUCCUGCCUGACCAUUUUCCAGAAAGAGGGAGGCUCAAAAGGGAAGCCGAGUACUUUCAGCUGCCAGACUUGGUCAAAAUUCUGAGUCCGGACGAGAUCAAGCAGAGCCCCGACGAUUAUUGCCAUAGUGAUUACGAGGAGGUUUCCCAAAGCAGUGACACGAGAAUAUGUGCCCCGUCGUCACUCAUGACCUCGGAUCGAAAGUGGGGCUUCAUUACCAUUGGCUACCGGGGGUCGUGCACCAUGGGUCGGGAGACCCAAGCAGAUGCGAAGUUCAGGAGGGUCCCGCGGAUUUUGGUUUGCGGCAGGAUUGCUCUAGUCAAAGAAGUUUUUGGAGAAAGUUUGAAUGAGAGCAGGGACCCGGACCGGGCUCCCGACAGAUACACCUCCAGGUUCUACCUGAAGUUCAGGCACCUGGAAAGGGCUUUUGAUAUGUUGUCAGAAUGUGGAUUCCACAUGGUGGCCUGCAAUUCUUCAGUCACGGCUUCUUUUGUCAAUCAAUACACCGAUGACAAAGUUUGGUCCAGCUACACGGAAUACGUCUUUUAUCGAGAGCCUUCAAGAUGGUCUUCAUCACACUGUGACUGCUGCUGUAAAAAUGGCAAAGGCGACAAAGAAGGAGAAAGUGGAACCUCCUGCAAUGAACUCUCCACCUCAAGCUGCGACAGCCAGUCAGAAGCCAGCUCCCCUCAAGAGACUGUCAUCUGUGGCCCGGUCACCCGCCAGUCCAAUAUACAGACUCUGGAUAGGCCAGUCAAGAAAGGCCCGGUGCAGCUACUUCAGCAGUCCGAAAUCCGGAGGAAAAGUGACCUGCUCCGAACUCUAACUUCCGGCUCUAGGGAAUCCAACUCUAGUAAAAAAAAAUCGGCGAAAGAAAAGCUCUCGAUUGAGGAAGAGUUAGAAAAAUGCAUCCAGGAUUUCCUCAAGAUCAAAAUCCCAGACAGGUUUCCAGAAAGGAAGCACCCUUGGCAAUCUGAACUGUUACGAAAGUAUCGUCUAUAGGAGCGGGGUUAGGGCAAGGAAAAUCACCUUAUUGCCAUUUACAGAAUGAGAUCCUACAUGAUAAAAGAAAUAAAAUAAUAAUGGUAAUAAUUUGUUAGAUCACACACACAAAAACGACGAUGACCCACAAUCCAUCACUAUAGUACAGCCUAAUUUGCCUAUUUCACCAAAGCAUUCCUAAUUACACUAUAACAAUAUCCUCCCUGUGAUAGGAGGAUUAACAAGGCAUUCAUCAUGUGUUAACCUCCUGACAUAUGCCAUAUGCUUGCAGUGCCACACGCACAGCUAAGGAAACAUGUGCAGUAUGGUUGUGGGUUGGCACCACCAACGACGAAAAUUCUCAUAUGGUCGGGCAGAGUUUUAUGGUGGGCGGUGAUUUUCUAAGCUGCAUGCCUUCUUGAGUUCACCUUUAAUGUCAUUUAUUUGGAGAGAGAAGCUGGGUCAGGCAGAUGUCAAUGGUCUUGAAAGGAAGACGUGAUGUCUUGCCGGUUUACACCAGGAGAGAGUGUAUAUAUGUCUGUGUGCCACAUAAAAGCUUUCUUCAUUUCCUCCUUUUAACUGUGUGUUACUCUCAAAAAGGAACUACUAGAGCUUACUGGAUGACCUAUGUCCUCUUCCCCACCCCUGUAGAAUUAUGUACAGAAUAAGUAUUUGCCCCCUUCUUUUCUUGGAGAGGAGGGUCAACUCUUGAUAUCAGCGGUAGAUCUGAAUUUGCUCUCUUUGCACACCAUGAAUGUUUAUGAGCCACAGACUGCACUCAGCUUAGCAGGAACAUCUGACAAGCCAAUGGCUGCAAUCCAGUAGGGAGGUACGUGCGGGGUCCAAGUGGUUGUGGGCUGUCACACUUCAGAUUUUGCUCAGUUUCUCUUUCAGCAAUUUUCAUCCCAAUCCCUUAAACUUGGAGUGUUUAAAAAGUAGCCCCGUGGAUUCAGGAGGGAGAGCUGCUGGAAUUAAAACUGAUAGAACUCUAGUGUGCAUGGAGAAAUGGCAGACUUCUGCAUUGUGAAUUGUAAGUCCUGCCAAUGUUUUUUUGUUUUUGUUUUUACUGGCCCUGCCUUCCAAAGAGACUUUAUGUGCAUGCAGAAAUCAAGCAGGAAAUCCUUUCCCAUCAUGUUAUCUCUACGCCAGAGAAUAUUUCUCUCUCCUUUUUUUUUACAUACCAGUGAUGGCACAGGGGCAGUAAAAUAAGUAACCAAAUGGUAACACUAAUUGUACCUAGUUGUUGGACUCUUUCUGCAGCCUUCAUUUCUUAACUUGAGGAAUUGGCAAGUGGCGGGGGUGGGGAGAGAGAUUAGGUUCAGUUCUAGUUGUGUACAAAAUGGUCUUUUGACCAUCUUGAUACCAUUUUCCUGGCACCUCUGUUAAUAUGUUAGGCGAUUUUGUCUACCACUCUGCUCUUUCGUCCUUUCUCAUGCUAUAGAGCUCUCAUCCCACCCCACAACAACAAAUGUGUUUAGGAGAUUAAGGAUGAAAAGGAAAGGAACCAGUUGAAAGAGGAGAUGCUGGUGAUUAUUCCUCUUCUGGAGGAAGAAUACGGGCAGGUCAAGCCGCUGAGUUGUUGAUUUAUGUGGGCUUGCCAAGCGCUGCUGCCAAUAAUGUAUUUGGCCCAAAUAAAUGGGGGAGAGCAGGCUCCCAUCCCCUUUUGACACAGAUGCAAUUAGAAGAAAUUAUAGGCCUAACAAGAUGCAUUUUGCACUCCGGUUUGCAGGAAAUGGAUUGUUCAAGUGACAGGCAACAUUCCGCUUCUAGCUGCAUGCAUUUGAAAAUGAAAUUAAAAAUUGAAAAGUAUCCAAAUGCACUCAGCUAAUGGGGAUUCAUGGGGGGGGGGAGCAAGGGCCUUCUCAGAACACAAGAAAUUCCCUUUGAGGGGAAGAGCUUCACUUACUUAUGAGCAUCUUUUUUACCUAUAGCAUUAGACCAAAAGGGAGGCAGGGUCUAAAGAAGCUUGUGUGGGAACGUGUGAAGAAAAAAGUGAGAAGUGCAAACACAAAGCACUUGAGAUACAAUAGAAACUUGCCUCCUUUAAGCAGCCGCCCAGCCCUUCAGACAAAUCCUCUUUGUCUGUUUUGUAGACACAGGUUUAUUCCAAUUAUGAGCACCCUUAUAAAGAAGCAGGUUCUGCUGUAAUAAACAAGGCUUAACCUCCCAGUAUAGAUGAUGGUGAUGAUUGAUGAGCUCAAGAUAACAUGGUUCUUUCCCCUACAUCCUAUUUAUUAUCAACAACCCCAUGAGGUAGAUGAGGCUGCAAGUUAGCCAAGUGAGCUUCAGGCUGAGUGGAGGUACGAACCUGACUCUUUCAGCCCAACACUCCAGAGCAGCACAUGUCGUGAGGUUCCUGCUUACCUGGAUGGGGAUAAUGUGGACUGGCAGGAAGGUCCCCUAUGGGAGCAGCAGACUGCGGUCCUGCUUCUGCACCUUUGCACCUCCCUGCAGUGCUGCCCAACCCUAGACCCAUCCAAUUAAGCAGCAGUACAACAACCACUGUUGGGAUGGUGCAACUUCCAUGAUUAUUGCCACAUCUUAGUUGUUAGCUCUCAGGGUGCUGAGGAGUCAGAGGAAACAUUCUGAAGCAAUAGAAGGGAAAUAUUAGGAAGUUCAGUAUGAAAUGGUGCUGAAAGCAUGUACCCUACCAGUACUUUCUGGAAGUAAGAACUGUUUGACUUCCUUGGGAAGUGGGGGACUCUCCUUCAUUAUAGGUGUUUAAGCA